GAGAACACAACAGUUCCUCUCCAGCCAAUCGCUGCACGACUGGUUCGGUCCGUCCGGCGAAUCUGCUAGCAGCUUGAAGCGCUGAUGCAACUAACCUGCAACAACAGCCACGUAUCUCCUGGGUAGCAAAAAGUGUUCUUCCUCGCUAGAUGAAAUCAAGUAGUCCCUGUGAAACAAUACAUAUUUGAACGGGAGAGUAUGCUAUGCUUGUUAUGAUGUAAAUAUUUUAUGCAUAACCAGUUAACGCAACUGUUUGACAAUCAUCCAAACUCUCGCUAACAGCCGCGUUCAUUAAACAUUCUUCUCUCAGAGCCUCAAACUCGUUGUAAGUUUUAAGUUGGGAGGUUGCGCCAGAGGGAUUUUGUGUUUUCUCGGAAGUCGUUGAGAAAGUGAGUGCUAAUUCUUGUGGGCGUUUUCGCCAGCCCGAAGUGUGAAAUUUAUCUCGACCGAUACAUCCAUAGGGCGGAGGAAUCUAUAGCAUUGGGGGCUGACCGUGUGACGCAGCUGGUUGCUAGGUGUGGGUGACCUGAUGCAUUGACUCAAUUAGCCGAUUCUCAGUCAUCAACUCCAUCACAACAAAGCAAGACCAACAGCACUUCAGUCCUAGACACUCCGAAGGAGACAUGGCUUUUUAAUUUAGUAGUCUUCGAUCCUAAAGAAACGCCGUGCUUUGCUCUUGCAACGCACCCCAAGCUCAAAACAUUUAAGCAAGAAUGGAGUUUCAUAAUGCACACCAAGCCCUGUUUUCUGUGGCUCAACUCUCAAACUUCACUAUUGUGCACUGUAAGCUCGGACGUUUGAAUCGUAGGAUCAACGGACAGGAUGAUGACAAUGUCAGCACCCAUUUGGAAGACUCUACUCGUCUGCCCGGCAGACCCCCUCACUCUCUCUCACCCACAGGCUAACCACAGCCAAUCGGAGGGGCGCAGAGGGGAGGGGCCAGAGGAGAACCAGCACUUAAUUGGUAAUGGUCUUAGUGACUGGAUGACGGAAGAAGUAGAUUUCUCCUCUUACCUCCCAACCCCUCACUCCUCUCCCUCCCCCAAUGCAUCCCUUCCCCCCUCGCCCCUCCAGCAUGACAUCCAGGUGCCCUCAGAUUUGGAGGUCAUGACCUCUCUGCUGCAAGAGGAGCUUGCUCAGCUGGAGGAUUACUUCCUGUCUGACCCACUCCCAGAAAAAGCCUCCAAACUGGGCAAAUGCGACAAGGGUCCAACGGCAGUUGGUCCACCAUCGUAUUACCAGUUGCCCUACGCAUCAUAUUCUACUUCCAACCAAUCUGAAACCAGCCCUCUACUUGUUACCCUGGCAACUGGAGAACUUGACUUGCUGAGCUUUUGUGGGGGUCCCAUUGGCCGUACCAAGAUUCCUAGACAUGCCCCUUACAGUUGCAGCCGCCCCAACAGCAACGUCUGCAGCCGCAAGAGAGUUUCCGAUGGGGUAAGGGUGGGUGACAGCUACGAGAGUAGCAUCUGGAGUUCCAAAGGAAAUUCCUCAGGUAACUCAGCUGUUGCACCUGGUGGGAGCUACAGCUGUGCUGAAGAUGAGCGGGUGGUAGGCAAAGGGUACUGCCUCGGCAGUGCAGUGGAAAUCAGGAGGUGCGCCAUUUUACCCAAAGAAGAGAAGAACUGCCGCUACACGGAAGAGGCUGUUGGUGCGAGCAAAGCCGGCGGUGGUGGGUACAACUUUAACGGAUCCAUUCAAAUUCCCCACAAGAAAGAUGAAAUGAUGAUGUACGGCACCAGAGAAGUCCAUUUAAGUGGCAUAGGAGGAAGUGCGGAGAUGGAGAUGAUGGGCGAAGCCAAGAAUGGUGCUAGCGAUGCGAAGGCGAACAUCCCCUGGAAGACGGAACCCAAUGAAAGCUGUUUCCUCCAAGGUACAUCCCAAGAAGAGGCCUACCACAGCUUCCUUGGGGCCAUCAAUGACCCAGUCAAGGCGGAGAGCGUAGAGAUCCAUCGGCAACAUAACUUCCACUGUGGCUUUCUCGAAGACCAAAGCCCCGAAUGCCUGAGCGGUGACCGCCACGGACCUGAAAUGGGGUCCCCGUGUGCCAGAGGAGUCUGUGUGCUGAAAGAAGACCCCUGCAUUGUGAAACCAGACCUUGAGGUGCCACUAAUCGAAGUGAACCAUGGUGAACGGAAACAGAAGAAGAGAGACCAGAACAAGACUGCAGCUCACAGGUAUCGCCAAAGGAAGCGAGCAGAGUUGGAUACGUUGGAGGAACAGCUUCAUGGUCUGGAGGGCAGAAACCGUGAGCUACGGGACAAGGCAGAAUCGGUGGAACGAGAAAUCCAGUAUGUGAAAGACCUCCUGAUUGAGGUGUACAAGGCCCGCAGCCAACGUCUCAAACAGGAAACCAGCGCCUGACCAAAAGCUCGACCACCUGACGAUGGUCCUGCAAGUAGAAUUGUUAGCAGUCUGAAAGGCAAUGGAGAUUUGAGUUGGAAUGUUUUCUGACUGAAUGUGUUUUUUUUUUAAGAUGUGGUGGAGGUUGUACUAUUGCACGUUACUCAAUCAUUUGAUUUUUGUUACAAACUGACAAAGUCCAUCAACAGCUGCAGCACAGACAUCCAUCUUCUCAGAAAUAACUCCAAAUCAGUCAAUAUGCACUGUGAUUAUGUCUUUGACUGUAACAACAGCCGUUUUUGAUUGUUUUCUCUUACUUUUCUCAAGAGUGGCUAGACGGCUCAUCUUCUGGUUUCCAUAAAUGAGCUUUAACAACAGAGCGUUUACUGUUCAGGAUAGACAGAAAUCAACACUGAAUAAGGCAAGAUCGAAUGAAACGCAUUUUCAUUUGUUUAGAAAAGGCUGUAAGGUAAUAUCACAAGUUCCGCAUAUGACCUGCACUGAUUUCAGUUUAUACAGAGGCUGUUUUUUUUUAUUAUUAUUUAUUUCUUAGCAGUUUCAACAUUUGUGGUACUAAUACUAAUGAUGCACAAUCAGUACAACAUUGGUAGUUCCUUUUUUCCUUCCAUUUAUUAACUAAGGAAUGAGCACUGAUAUUUAAAGCAAUCUGUUUCUUGUAUAUUGAGUUUCAGGGGAAGCACUUCUCGAAAAUAAAUUUCCCUCAGGAAUAACGAACCUGAUGAUGCGUUUUUGAAUCCCCAAUUUUAGAUUAGUCCUGCAGCUCAGGUAUACGAUUUAUGUCCAAAGUCAUGGAGGUAUGUCAGUUUGUAACUCGAUGCUGAAGAUGUGGCACUGCCUAAUAAUGUUAUGUGUGUUGAUUCCUUGUAUUUUUGUUCUUGCAUGCUGAAGAUUUCAUGGCUCUUUAUAAAGAAUGUUUGUUUUUCUUUCGUCUGAAUGACAUGUUACUUCAAAAGUCUUUCUUGCUUAAGAAGUCCUGUUUUAUAUUCUCUUGGCAAACACGUUUCAUUAGAGGUGAAUGAGUGGCAUUUGAUUCACAAACUGCUGUUUGGCCCAAUGUCUCUGCUGUUAUUGCGACUACAAUCAGGGUUUGUGAUUUUAUAAAGCUUGUUUGCUCUAAUGUACAAGUGUGUGUUGGGGGACAGAAAGUAAAAUCUUUGUAGUGAUAUGUCUUUUUUUUAAUAAUCACUGAAAUGAUUGUGGUGGCUUUAGAAUUGCAGACUUCCCAGCUUCUUAGCAAUAUUUCUUCAACGAUGUAAAUGAAGUUACUAAAGUUAUGAUUUUUUUUUUGCAUUUGCGACCAUACACAGUCUUUGACAAAUGUUAUGAUUUUCCUGUUUACAACUUAGUCAGUUUCAGGAUUUUAUUCUGGUACUUGUCUAGUGACUGAUUUUCUACUUGCUCAAAUAGGAGACAUGCAUUAAUCACAAUUACAAUAACAUCAAAGAAAUCAGCUGCAAAUCAGGCUUUGAUUAGUUCCUCUUUAUUCUUCCUCUUUCUUCCUUUUUAUGGCAUUUUUUACGUAUGUGUGGUGUGUACAUUACUACGUAGCAAUAUUUCAAAUAUAAUUGAAUCCCUCUAAAUAAGCAACCUAGAUACUGAGAGAGCUUAGCAUAUCGACUUGAAAUAUGCUUUCCUAGGCGGUAUACAAUCAUGUUUAUGAAAUAUAGCUAAUUAUGCGCUAUGUUGUACGGUCAUUUUGUGAAGUUGAGAAUUUAUUUAUUUAUUUUUUAUUUUUAAUAACCUAAAACGAAGGCACACGAUUUCCAAGAGUUUACACCAGCUAUAAUACUAAGACUAGUCAUUUUGUACGAGGCAUUUCGAUGUAUAGUCUCCGAUUAAGUACUUUGUGUUUCCUGUUAUUCCAUUGAAUUCAAAUAAAGUGAUUUGUGUCAGCA